ACUCUUUACGGGUCCCAUGUUAAAAAGUUUAUUUCGGCCGCCUGCUUUGUCGUCUCUCUCGCCUCCGUCCACCACCGUCGUUCUUUUCUGUUCGACUCCCACCCCCUUAAAUUCUCUCUCUCUUUAACUCUCACAUUCUUUACUUCCCUCUUUUUUAUAUCAUUUAAGCGCUGAAAACCCUCUGAAAUACCGAGGAAUUUACUGGGUUUUUUUGGGAUCGGUAUGUUCGGUCAAAAGGCCGAUCCAUCUGAAGAACGCUUGCAGGUUUUAGGGUUCUAAACUGUUCGUCUGAAUUUCCAGAAGAAAGUUAAGGAAAACAGCGAAGGAGAUUCAAACAAGUUUUGUGUUCUUCAUGGCUGGUAGUAACGAAAUCAACGCAAAUGAAGCCAAGAAAGUUGUACCACUUCACACAUGGAUUUUAAUCUCCAACUUCAAGCUAGCUUACAACAUGCUCCGGCGACCGGACGGGACAUUCAACCGGGAGCUCGCCGAGUUUCUUGACCGGAAAGUGGUUGCGAAUACGGUUCCGGUGGAUGGUGUUUACUCGUUUGAUGUGAUUGACCGUGCCACUGGUCUCUUCAACCGGAUUUACAGAUGCGCUCCACCGGAAAAUGAGUCUAGUCGGCAUCCCGGUGCCGGAAUCAUAGAGCUUGAGAAACCGCUUAGUACUACUGAAAUCGUGCCGGUUAUAAUAUUCUUUCAUGGUGGAAGCUUCACUCAUUCGUCUGCUAACAGUGCUAUAUAUGAUACAUUUUGCCGGCGACUCACCGGGCUUAUUCAAGGUGUUGUCGUUUCUGUAAACUACCGGCGGUCACCAGAGCAUCGGUAUCCUUGUGCUUACGAAGAUGGGUGGGAAGCUCUUAAAUGGGUCCAUUCAAGAUCAUGGCUUUUGAGUGGUAAAGACUCUAAAGUCCACGUUUAUUUAGCCGGUGACAGCUCCGGCGGGAAUAUAGCUCAUCAUGUGGCUCACCGGGCGGCGGUUUCCGGCGUGGAGGUUCUCGGAAACAUACUCUUACACCCGUUGUUUGGUGGCGAAGAAAGGACGGAGUCGGAGAAGAAAUUAGACGGAAAAUAUUUCGUCAAGUUACUCGACAGAGACUGGUAUUGGAGAGCAUUUUUGCCUGAAGGUGAAGACAGAGAUCAUCCUGCUUGUAAUAUUUUUGGUCCUCGAGGCUCUAAUCUCGCCGGCGUUAACUUCCCAAAAAGUCUGGUCGUCGUCGCCGGACUGGAUCUUGUUCAAGACUGGCAAUUGGCGUAUGUUGAAGGGCUGCAGAAAGCAGGGCAAGACGUGAAGCUCUUGUUCUUGGAAAAAGCCACAAUCGGAUUCUACUUCUUGCCAAAUAACGAGCAUUUUUACACAUUAAUGGAAGAAAUGAAGAAUUUCGUGAGUCCUUCACCGGUUUGUUCGUUGAGUCUCGCCGGCGAGAAAACCCAGAAAGAUUAAACUUCCGGCGAAGGAAGAAGGCAUAUAUAACACGAUCUUUUGAAAUUUUUACUAAUAGUACCAGUACCACUAUUCUCUAAUUUCUAGUGAAAUCAUGAGAGAGGACACAUGUGUAAAUCGGUUAUUGUUUCCUGUUCUUGUUCUUGUUUCUGUUGUUGGUUUCAAAUUGGGAUUUCAUGGUAAGAAAUCCGUUGCUAAAUUUGAAGCCUUACUACGAACUACCCCCAUAGGGUUUUUGAUGAUUGUUAAUGGAAGCUAACUUUGAACUUUGAAGAACUACAAUGUAGGCAUCCAUGGCUGCUGCCGUUUCGUUUGUAAUAUUAUGACUAAAGCGUUAUCUA